ACACGCGAUUUUUUUUUUCUCUUUCCGCAGAAAUACGCCACGUGGUAUCGCACGAUUAAUUUAUUCCUGGGCGCGCUCUGUUUCAGUCUCGGUGCUGGCACAUUUUUGAUAACCGGCGGCGGUUUUCUCGCCACGGUAUUCAUGGCAUUUGUCGCCUGCACCGGAUGGAAAGUCCUCGUCGACAACUUCGACGUGGCUCCGAUUCGCCGAGUUACCGGUAUCAUCUGGCACCUGCUUCAGCCGGUUUUGUGCGGCGUGAUCGGGGCCGACGUCAAUUUUUCGCACUGGACGCUACCUCGGACGGCUCUCUACGCGUUCUGCAUCCUGAUAGGACUGGCGGUUCGACUGGGGUCAGCGGUACUGUCGACGCUGAAAAUGCCCUUCACGAUCGGCGAGAGAAUUUUCGUCGCCCUUUCCUGGCUGCCAAAGGGCACCGUGCAGGCUGCGCUGGCACCUAUGGCGUACGAGCACGCCCUGGCGAAGAAUAACACGUCCGAAAUCGAGCUGGCGGAGGACGUGGUAAAAAUAUCGGUGAUGGCCAUCGUGUUUCUGGCCCCCUUCGGCGCGAUGAUAAUGAUGCUGACCGGGCCCCGUUUGCUGAAACGGAUAUCAUCGGACGCCAUAGAGGAACGGAGGCUCCAGAGCCUGAGGGUGUUGACCAUGAAGGUCAAGAGUCCUAGGAAACGCGAAAACCCGGCCGAUCGAAUCGACGAAAAUCAAGAGUAAAAUUAAGCAACGGAAAAUGACUACUGAACCGCGGUUCGUUCCACCGACAAGGCGGGAGAGGGCCGACCCGGUGCCCUCCGCGGGGCUCUCGAGGUACAACGAGACUCGCGUAUCCCCCCCCCCCCCCCCCCCCGUACCUCUGCCGCUCGCCGCACUUCAAAAAACGGCGGAGAGAACGGUCUCGGCAGCAGCCAGCUUUCAUCUCUCAAGUUUCUUUCUUGCCGGAUUUCUCGCUAUUUCCGGGGUAAUGUUACGUAUAGCGUGCUCGCCCCGUCGAAGUCGGUCGGUAGCGUCGGUGGCUAUCCCCCGAAAAAUACCCUGUCCAAGACGCGAAGGCUACGUCGUACUUUCGCAUCUUCGCUAAGACGUUUCAAAGGAGAUCCUUAACCCGCCCCCGGGCUCUCGAACGCGACUCUCAGCCACUUUUUUUCGGUCGGAAGGGAACUCGCCCUACCUCGCCGUACUCAUCUCGCGGCACGCGAAUUCUCGCGAGUACAAGGAACAAAUUUUUAUCCGUCGAAAAGCAUCGACCGAUAAAACGGGGGGGGGGGGAGGGGGAGAGAAGGAAUCGACUUCGCGCUUCUUCGUCGGUACCGAGGGGCGCAGGGACGAACAACGGAAGCGGAGAUAUAAAAGUUGGCAGAGAUAGGCGAGGGUGCAGCUCUCGGAAACUUGGAAGCGAUAUACAGAGAAGCGGUGCACGGGGAGACGCGAGUCGCGAGAUCGGUGUGUAAAAUAAUCAUUAUCGGUAAAGCGAAACUGGGGCAUUAAUUAUACGAAGGCGGUAGGGUGCGAGGCCAUUGUCCCUUGUAGAUUGAAUCGAAGCCGAGAGACGUCUGUGUGUACGCGCAAAACUGAGAUAAGGGGAGGGGGGGGGGAAAUUAUAUCGUCCCAACCGAUCGGCGGCGAACGUUACCUGCGACCGCAACGCGACUCACUUUACACUUGUACAUACAUUCGCUCCGCUAGAAACAAUUUCAACGAGAUAUUCAUAUCGCAUCGGAUACGUAUCCGGGUGUACCUGAGCGCGCACAACUUCUACCCGUUACACGAUGACUCGAACGAGUGAAAUACGAAGGGAAAACGGUUGUCGUAGGAAACGAGACAUCCGUUAAAAAUUUUUGUAAGCUGCGGUCAAGGAUAUAAAAAUAAUCUAAGUGAGAAAAAAAAGCACAGCUCUUCAAAUUUGAUUUCUCCGUUCGUUGUACCCCGACGUUACGCGUGCACACCUGUGAUGUUUAUGCCGCGUCAGGCCUCGCGUCCCGGUCCACACAGGUAUCCGCCCAGGUGAGAUAUUUUAUUAAUCAUUUGGACGGCGGUGUUGAUAGACGCGAGGUUGCAAAGGGACGCGAGGAGGUGGAGCGUGCGACAUCGGGUCAAAGAACAAAGCAUCCCCCGGUUGGACCGGAGCCCCGGCGAGCUCGCUGCAGCUAGUUAAGAACGGCGGUUCACAAAGGAUUGGUGAGAGGUUCUCGCCGGUCGGCCCUCACGUUUCUUCCGCGUCGAGCUUUAGCCCUAACUAGCGGAGUGCCGCCGCGUGGCGGGGGUCUCCCUCUACCCGGCGCGGUCUCGUGGCCCCGAGCCAUCCCCACUCACACGUUGAAACGUCUGAUCGUACCCAACACACCUAUGCAAAAGCGAAAGCUCACAGUUGUUUCGCUAAAAGUGCACCGCUUCGG